CAUCCCUGCCUCUCUAGCCCCCUGCCCGGGUGCGGCUCUUGCCCGCUGUCACAGCUAUCUCGCCCCGUCCCCCACUGCAGUAAUCUCCGCCCGAGCGCACGGCCCCGGCCUUGGACCACCGGAGGGGAGGGCAGGGGCGGAGCAGUCUGGGCAGCCGCAAGGAGAGGAAGCUCCGCGGCAGCUGGGGCUGCCCCGGAGCGUUCCGCUGGCUGCGGCAUCGGCACCGUCUGGAUCCCGGGGAAGCGGCAGGAACGGGGUCAGCUGCCGGACUCCUUCCCCCCGUGCUUCCCUAGGGUGUAUGCGCCGGUCCCCAGCCCUGCAUCGCCGGGCGCUUCACCCCCCCCCCCAGUGUGUGUGUGUGUGUGUGUGUGUGUGUGUUUGUUGCAUCCCGCCGACCAGUGCUGCCUUUGCUGCUAUGAGGCUGCUGGAGACCGAUCUGCAGGUGCUGACCCGGGAGCUGUCCCUGUACCUGGAGAUCCAGGUGCCGGCGGGGCUCUUCGGUUCCGGUGUGGGCUUGUCCCUGGUGCUGGGCUUCACCGCCGCCUUCGCCUGCUAUUACCUCAAUAGCAUCGCCAAGAAACCUCAGUUGGUGACUGGCAGUGAGAGCUUCAGCCACUUUCUCCAAGAACAUUGUCCUGUAGUGACAGAAACUUACUGCCCCACAGUAUGGUGCUGGGAGGGCCGGGUGCAGACCCUCUUGCGUCCCUUCAUCACCUCAAGACCCCCAGUGGAGUAUAGGAAUGAGCUUAUUAAAACAACAGAUGGAGGACAGAUUUCACUGGAUUGGUUUGAUAAUAAUGACAGCAUAUGUUUUCCGGAUGCCAGCACAAGACCCACUAUCCUAUUACUGCCUGGCCUCACAGGAACAAGCAAGGAAUCCUACAUUCUUCACAUGAUCCAACAGAGUGAAAUGCUGGGAUAUAGAUGUGUGGUUUUUAACAACCGAGGAACUGCUGGUGAGACUCUCUUGACACCAAGGACUUACUGUGCUGCUAACACAGAGGAUUUGGAAGCUGUUAUUCAUCAUUUACACAACAUGCAUGCCUCAGCUCCAUUUAUGGCAGCAGGUGUUUCUAUGGGCGGCAUGCUUCUUUUAAAUUACCUGGGCCAAACUGGCCGAGAAACCCCUUUGAUGGCAGCUGCAAUUUUCUCUGCUGGUUGGAAUGUUUUUGAGUCUGCAGAAUCAUUGGAGAAACCACUAAAUUGGCUUCUCUUUAACUACUACUUGACUACUUGUUUACAGUCCUCUAUUAAUAGACAUCGACAAAUGUUAGAGAAAUUAUUUGAUAUGAAUCUUGUCAUGAAGGCUAAAACCAUUAGGGAGUUUGAUAAGCAAUUCACCUCAGUCAUGUUUGGCUACUGUACAGUUGAUGAUUACUAUGUAGAUGCUAGUCCAUAUCGCAAGCUGAAGUCAAUAGGAAUUCCCGUGUUAUGUCUAAACUCUCUGGAUGAUGUUUUUUCACCAGGUCAUGCUAUACCCAUAGAAACUGCCAAACAAAAUCCGAAUGUUGCUUUGGUUCUUACUUCUUAUGGAGGCCAUAUUGGUUUUCUAGAAGGAAUGUGGCCAAGGAAAUGCACUUACAUGGACAGAGUCUUCAAGCAGUUUGUGCAGGCUGUGUUUGAGCAUGGAAACAAAAUCUGCAGCAUGUAGCUCUUCUGAGGCAUCUUGGCCAGCCCACUGUUUCAGCACAGUGGCAUGGUCUGACAAGAGCAGCUCAGCUUAGUGCACAAAUUUUAAUUACUGUGUAUACAGCAAAUAAGCCAGCAAUUGGAUGAAAUCCAUUACUAUGUGAAAAAAAUACUUUUUGCCUAAAAUUUUGUAGCAAGAAAUAAAUAUUACGUUGUCA